AUGGAGAUGAGGAAGAACGGCUACUUUAUUGUCCUGGAGGGUGACACCAAUAUUAUAUCAACACAGCUCAGACUUCUUCCACCUUCCCAAAAGAUCUUGAUAUUGCCCAAUCUGCUAGAAUCACAAUCUCCAACAGAUGAAAAUGACGCGUUCAACGCCCGCACUUUCGUCCAAGUUCUCCAGACGGCCCUUUCACAGCGCACGGAGACUGCACGCUCAUUCCUGCAAUCUGCCACGCCCACACAGCCGAGGCUGGUCCUAGCGGUCCAUGGCAGUGUCAGUGCCCGAGCAACAUGUAUUUCGAUGAUCUCCCAGAAAGUCACGCACGGAAAUGUUGCGCAAGCAGAGGCCAUCCUCAAUGAUCUUGUCAGGGGUGGCGUGGCUGGCUUGGUAAAAAAGGGCGAGGUGAAGCCUGUAGAGGACCUGGUGCAAACUACUGGGGAUUUAGAUGACGGCAAUAUUCACGACUCGAAGGAAAAACUCGCAAGGACCAGCUCAAAGGCGUGGGAAAUCAAGGGCCCUGAACCACGAUUGGCACCCUUGACAUACGAAAGGUCCGGCUGGGAACGGGAAUCCUCGCGCCUGAUUCCUCCCCAGAGUCUCGUACUAGAACAUCCAACACAGAUCAUCUUUAAGCUGACUGAAAGCUACCCCACCAUCGAUAAAGAUUCUCGAAUCGUCUGGACGGUUUUGAACGUACCAAACCGCCGCGAAUUGAGCCAUCUAAAAACACGGAUGCCAUUUGGAUUUCCACCAGAAGGUGCGAAGCUUGACUGGAUCGCUCAGGAACUGAAUGCGCCGAUGGGAGACACCGAUACUGAGGCCGACGAAGGCCCUUACUCCACGAACGGUCCAAUAUCUCCUGCGGACUCCAUGACUUCAUUGCUCAUGACCCCUGCCGUGAUCGGUGAGGCAUGCGUGGUGAAUAUCCAAAAAUCUUCGCAGUUCGAUACAUCAGGGAAAGCACAGUCGGCGGACGGCUUUCGCCCUUUUUGGUUCGAAUCUAGUGAGCCCAGGUCUCAAUCUCUCGAGCAAACCCGAUCGCAAUGUCAGCUAAGAGAUGAGCCUCAAUCUUCCACUGCUUCGUACAUGGGCUCGAAAGAAAAGCAAAGCUUCCCAUCCCUCCCGACCGCGACCUCUAGGAAGGCCUCGAAGACGACCAUCAUUAUAAAAUCGCCAACUUCAGCAAGGACGACGUCGCUGAGGUCUCCGCGGUCUUCGAAGUCUUCCGUCUCGGAGAUAGAGAUGACGGAACAAAUGGCUGCUGCCGAGGAAGUUGCCAUCACUGAGUCAGAAGAGGUGCCCUUUGUGGCCGUAUUUGAACUCGUUGAAGAUAUCAUCAUCCACUUUGUCGACGACACGCCCAACGAGAUUUUUGAGUCUGUUGUGCAAUCAUAUAAGACAGGCAGUUAUCCGGCAUACGUUUCGACCACCACCAUUCCAGAAUCAUCGUCAUCCACUCCAACGACUACCGAGGAUGAGGAUGAGGAAUACAAACCAUCAGUCAAGGCGUUGUCCACGUCGAGUUUGCAACAGGACGUCGAGCGGGACAUUAGGCCGAGCUCCUACGUGACAUCAACGUCUGUCGAUAUUGGUGACAAGAAAUCCCAGCAAGAGUAUGAUCCGUUCGCCGUGAACGAUAGCAUCAAUUCGAGCUAUCCGUCUGUGUUCAAGCAGCAGUGGUCGUCGAAUGGCCACUUGCGGAUACAUUCGACUAGCGAGACAGACUCGAGUGUUAAGCCGCCAAAGCCCCCUCUUCUCUUAACGCAAGAGAUCGACAAUGAGAUUGCGAAGAAGUUCGUCCAUUUCUCCCCUGCAAACCCUGAUAGUGCGAUCAGUGUCCAGAACUCCUUCCGCCAACUACUCGAUGUUUAUUUCCCGUCCAAGGAAAAUUACAGCCAGUACUACUACGCAGCAGCACCUGAAGCUGACAGGCUCUGGAAACCAGUGUUCGGGAACGACGAAACCUCUACCAUUAGCAAUGAGAGAGGGACCGUGGACCAAAUUCUUGCUUUUGGCAGGGAAGAAGGGGUACAGAAGGAUUUCUUUUACCAGAUCUCUGGGCGAAUCGAGAAGCUCGGCACGAAAAAAGAUGGCUUGAAUCUGAGUGGGAGGAUCGAUAUCAGAUAUCUGAUUUCCAGAGUGAUGCAAAUGCAUAUCAAUGGCCCACCAGCAGACGAAUCAGCAAGCCCCCUCUUGGAUCCCGAGCUUCUGGCUGCUCUCCUGAUCCCUCAUCUCGAAGCAUACCUUGCCAACAACGCCACGAUUCGGCUUCUGAUCCUUCACUACACAGCCGCCGACCUGCCCAUCGUCUUCGCCCUCCGCAAACUCCUCGGCACCGAUAUCUUCAAGAUCUCCGGCAUCCUAGAUUGUCUCGCCUCGGACCCCCCACCCACCUCUCAGCCCAGAACAUCAUCUUCCCGUCCUCGAUCACCCGUUUCCUCUGUUCUCCCCGUGUCGCCGGAGAGCAUCACUCGCCGCCAACAACAGCAUACCCGCCUCAGCUCUAUGAAGACCCUCUGCCACCAAGCCUCAAAUUCGCUCAACAAACACCAUUCUCAAACUUCAACCUUCGUCAACUCACCUACGGUGGCGGCCCAAGCGAAGGCCCCAACCGCAUCUUUCGCAAAAGCCAACUACCUCCUUCCAAGCACAGCCACCGACCAAGAGAUCACGACUUUCAUAUCGAAUAUUCGGAAAUCACUGAUGGAUAUCUCGGAUUUUUACACCCCCGAGCCAGAACUAAAACCCAUCUCCAUCGAGCGUCACCCCAUACCACCGAGGACCGUAUCGCCCCUAGAACCUAUCAACCGCGAUUCCGGGUACCCAACCUCCUCGUAUGCUGGCUCCCCCUCAGAAUUCUCGCGACCCACAGGCUCUGAUGCACCGACCUCGCACGCAGGCUCCCUCUUCUCCACCACCCCAGGAGACAUCGCGCAUGCCAACAACAGCGCGUACACGGCCUCUAUCGAAAGCAGCAACGCGCGGUCCUCAAACCAUCACAAGUACGAGGCGAUUGUGGCGAGCGAGAAGGAGAGGAAGGACAAGAAGCAGUGGGAGGACUUCUACAUCGCCGAAGACGACAGCGACGACGAUGAGUACGACAAGAUGACCCUCGGGCGGGCGCAUCAGCGGAUCGUGCCCGAGGUGGGAAAGGUGGGAGAGAAGAGGCCGACGAAGAAGGCGCUAAAGUGGCUGGGGCUAUCGUAG